CAAAGUCCCACUCACCUAUUCCCCUAACUACGUUCUCUCUCCCUUCCCUCUUCUCUGUUUUUUUCUCUCUCGCAUUCUCUCUUUCUUCUCUCUCUGUUGAGGUUAGGGUUUUUGAUCUCGUUUCGCGAUUCUUGGAUUCUACAUCGACGUUCAACGGAUCAAGAUUAUAUGCUUUGUGUUUGGCUUGGAUAACUUACUCAAGCUAGACUGCAAAUCGUUUUGGAGUGUGCAUAGUGGAGUUGGCUUUUUGCCAUUUGAUGUGUGUGGGUUUAUCAUUACUGGAGUUGAAGGGAAGGUGUGAUUACCCUGGACGACUUUGUUUGGUUAGUUUUCAGCCUGGACAAGCCACACUCCAGUAUUAUUUUGGAGACUACUCUUAUUCAAAAUUAAUCCUGGGAAGGAAGUGUAUACAGCACCAGAGGAGGAUUCCUUGUAUCCAUGCUGGCAGAGAGCAUGCGUGGAAUUUGUGCUUCGGGUAAUGCCCCUGACGAGAUUUGCUACCGAUGCACUCGGUGUGGUUACAAUUUGUCUAGUUGCUCUACUGGUUCUUCUUGGUUUGCUUUGCAUUGUCUACUCAUUUUACUUCCGCUCUCGCAUUCGUAAUCAAGGCCUCAUUCAACUCUCUUAUUUUAGUGGUCCUUGGAUUAUCCGAAUCACAUUCAUUUUGUUUGUAAUCUGGUGGGGUUUUGGUGAGAUUAUACGGUUAAGUUUAUUGAGGCGUGACGGAAGAGUGUUGAAUGCCCUAGACUUGAAAUGGCAGGAAACUGUUUGCAAAGGCUACAUUGUCUCAAAUAUGGGUUUUGCAGAACCCUGUCUAUUCCUCACCCUUGUUUUUCUCCUUCGUGCACCCUUACAGAAUAUGGAAACAGGAAUUCUAAGCCGAAAAUGGAACAGAAGAACAGCAGGAUAUGUUCUUCUUUAUUGCCUUCCCAUUUUUGCCCUUCAGCUCUUCAUCAUUCUAAUUGGACCACAGUUGCGCAAGAAUAAAGGCUCCUUGCAAAAAUUGCCCCAUUAUUUUACAAGCACAGUUAUGAUAGAAAAUGCUGCUGAUGUUAUUGCCCUCUGCACUUACCCUUUACUAAAUACCAUCCUCCUAGGGCUUUUUGCCACCAUACUAACUGUUUACCUGUUUUGGCUUGGAAGGCGGAUAUUGAAAUUGGUCAUCAACAAGGGAUUGCAGAAGAGAGUCUACACAUUAAUAUUCUCUGUUUCUAGUUUUCUCCCAUUAAGGGUUCUUCUACUUGGGCUUUCAGUUUUAUCUAAACCAGAGCAUAUUCUGUUUGAAGCUCUUGCUUUCUCAGCUUUUCUUGCCCUUGUAUGUUGUUCUGGGGUUUGUAUUUGCAUUCUCGUGUACUGCCCAAUUGCAGAUUCUUUGGCCCUGGGGAAUCUUCAAGACGUGGAGGCUAGGAGAAGAAUUAUUGAUGAGCACAAUGACACUAUGUCUCUCAUUGCUAACCAAAGUCAUCUUGAAGAAAGCAGUCGUUUAAGCCCUGGGAGAAACUCUGAUGCCUCUACCAAGCGUGGAUCCAUUUCUUUUCGAACUUAUGAGAGGGAUGGAGCUUCAACUGGGCCAUUUGUGGAACUAAGUCUCUUCUCUCCUAGUCAAGAUGCAACCCCACCAGGAUCCCCUCCACUUGGUUGGCCUAUGCGUCCGCCAAGGCAAGCACAGGGAUACUAAAAUGCGGGCAAGGAACUAAGUACUCUUGGUGAAUAUCAAUUUUGUGGUAAAGAAAAACUGAUUGUAAAGGGUUAGUUUCAAUAAGAAUUUUAUUCAUGGUUUGUUUUUCUAAUUUUAGAUAUGGUCAUGGUUGUUUUGGUUAAUGAAUUUAUGAGCCCUUUUUUUACCCUCCCUCCUGUAACCUUUAUUCCUAAUUUUCUCAUGAAUCUCUGUUCUAAUGAAAGCAAAUACAUUAUGAUUA